AUGGAAGGCAGCGAGAGUCCCGUCUCCGCCGAUCAGAGCGGAAUAUCUGCUUUAGACACUGUGGCCCAGAUGUCUAGUUUACACCCAGAGCUGCACGCCCUAGCUGAGCAGGCCAAAUUCAGUGGAGGGGAAACGCAUCCUGCAUCUCCAUUCUGCUCCACCGUCUCUCCCGAAAGCUUUGGAACUCCCUUCCCGCAACUCUCGAGUCCUAUCUUGCAGGACUCCGAUGAUUGUAAUGCUCUGUCGGCCGAGGUGUGGAGAAAUCCAGAUCAAGCAGCAGGUAUUCCUGUGGCAUUGCCGCAACACGACUCGGACAACCUCGACUCCCACCUUGGCUGCUUCGUGCAAGCCCUUGAAGCUCAACAGGCCGACAGGAGUUCUGAAUCCAUUGAGCUAUGUAGUCAGACCUUCUUUAACCCCAUUUGCAGCUGUGGCAGUCAGGUGGACGAGUCAGAGCACACCCAUUCUCUUCGGGAAGCUGUCGAGCAUCUGCAGAGCUCGCUUCCUCCUCUUUCGAAGGUCUUCGGCGAAAGCGGCUCCUAUAUCCCCAGACAUUCGUUUCAGCAAUGGCAGAGGUUUCUUUCAGAACAGCCAGGCACUCCUCUGUCCUUCCGUAAAUCGGAAGGUCCCCUUCCUCAACGGCAAAUCUCUAUAUCGCGACAGUGGGAUAUUGAUAGUGUUUGGCUAGGGGCGAAAGGUCUGCAGGCGAUUCGCCCGCCUAACGACUUCCGACUGUCCUUCCUGCCCUCUCCGGUGCUCAAUCUUUCCACUGAACAGGUGAUCCAACCACAUGGCUUGAAUCUAGCCAAGACAAGACACAUUCUCCUCGGCACAUUCAGCACGCACUGUGUCCGGUUUUCUGCCUUUGUCUUUUCCCCCAACGCUGCUCGCUGCUCUAGUUCGAAGAGUAUCAAGAAUGCGCUUUCUCUUGAGCGGCAGAAAGACCUCUACGACCACAUCAUCAUUCCGGCGGCGAACGAAGCCAUACAGGAUCCUUCCCUGCAGGAAAUACCUCGAACGUAUGAGAUUGCGUACGCCAAGUCUCGAUCUUACCAGGAGAAGCCCGGCAAUGCCCGACGCUGCGGAGAAGAUGUCAGCCGAUCCUAUCACCUCCAGUACGUGAAAGGCGGGGCUAUUCCGGCUGCAAACACAACAGGGAAGCACGGUGGCAUAUUUCAAGGACCCCCAAUUGCUCUUCCAGUCGCACUACCUGAAAAACACCUUCGGCCGCGCGACGCUGGAAGAUUCCCUGAACGCCUUCCAAGAAAUUGUCCUACAGUGUUUCGACCCCACGCACUUGGACAUUCACUCUGCUGGCUCCACAUUGGAGCAAGAGACAAUGUGACCAGCCCAUCACCCCAUGGCUGCCCAGGCUCAGAGCCCUACACGCUGUUGUGGAAGAGUCAGUGCCAUCGUCAUCUACACCAGCAGCUGUGCCGGGUUACUCCUGAUGCCGCCCUUGACGCCACCUAUUUUCGCGGCUUUCUCCUCCGGGAUGUUGGCGACUACCAAUCCAAAGCCAGCACUCGUCGUGUCUCGAAUCCAGGACGAGCGCAUCAAGCGCCUCCCGGUAUCAUUCGUGCAAAGGCAUACAGUUGCAACAAAGAACUCGUUUCAGUCAUGUUCAGCAACUACAAUCUCUUCGGAUCAGGAACCGUCUCGCUCCUUGCUCUCAACGAAACAAUGAUCGAGGGUCUCUCAUCAACUUCCCAAGAAGGCCUGCUCGCUCCCAUGACCCAGCCAAGCCGCGAUUCCCUGUUCAGCGCCUGGGAGGCAAAUAAGCGUCAUGUGCUGGCCAUCUCCGAGCCACGGGACCUGGUCAGCUAUGGCGUCCGGAAAGAGAUGACUUUUCGCUUUGGCUCGAUACUCAUGAUGUGGAAUCGUGGCUAUUUUGAUCCCAGUCGAAGCCCCCAUGCGUCGCGUUUCAUUGUUCCCCUAGAUCACUUAUUCCAUGAAGCUGCCCUCCACACCGGCAGCUCGCCUCAAUCAACCCUUGCCUUCUACACUGCCCAACUCCUCUGCCGUCUUCUCAAGGACAGCCUCAACUCGGAACAGCAGUUCAACUACGACAACUGGAUUUGGCUUUCGAAAUGGAGAGUACAGAAUCGAGAGGCUCGUCAUAGAGGCUCAUUGCUAGAGCGGCAAGGCCUUGGUCUCGAUGCCACGGUUGGAAAUUUCGGUAUGCUCUGGAUUCCGCGGCAUUGCAUGGACUGGCGUGAUGGGCAUAUUGCGCUCGGGUCUCUGGUUCAGCUCUACAUCCCUCGCACGCCAGGCCUGGCACGCAUCAUCAAUCAGACGAGUGUGCAGUCAUUCACAACAUCAAUGGUCUCAGUGGAGCUUUGCGCGCGGCAUUGGCUGCAGGAGGCUCGGCACGAAUUCGGUCGUGGGCGACGCUGUAGAGCCGAGGAACUAGUUGAGAAUGUCAUCUGGUUAUCCGUCGAAGAAGUGGCUCGGUCAUACCAGCUCCACCUGCUCUCAAAGCUGCGCGUGUAUUGGAAUCGUGUCUUUUCUUACGAUGUGCUCAAAGUAACCCCACCUCUUCGACACCUGGAGCAGGCACGAGACGAAUUGGCAGUCACUACUGGACAGAUCGUGACAGCUCAGACCGUCUUGGGUAUCUACGACGAAGCUUGGGCUGUGUAUUGGCGUGUGCAUCCGGAUGGCAAAUCUGAACAGAUGCCAAGGGAAAUACCCUGUUGGAUGGGAACGCGAAAGCACGUCCCGCCCAAGGAUGGUUGGUCCGACUUCAUCUUCCGGCAUCCCUUUGACCGGCCAAGCCCGCCGACAUGGAACGGCCACGAGUUCCUAGGGUUGUAUCGGAAGUUCAAAGAGAUAUGGGAACCAAUCCGCGAAUAUGCUGGUCCGUUCGAUCACCGUUUUUGCCGCAUGAUCGGAAGAUACAUCUUAGUUAGCUUCAAUAGUGACCAGGGCAAGGAAAUGGGUACGAAUCGUACCUUGGGAAGUUGGUACGAGAACAAGCCAGCCUUCUUCCGCAUCCAAUUCUGGGCACCCUACCUUGACCCGCCAGAGAACAGCAAGAGCCGUUCCUGGAGUUCGGUCGAUGACCAUAGGCGCCUAGAUACAGAUAUUCCACCAUCUUCCAUUUCUAGAACCAUCGUCGGCGAAGAUUUUCAACGACCGCUGGGAGAGAUGAGCCCCAAGGCGAGGAAUCAGACUUGUCGGCGGGCCAUGCAAAGCCUGGUUGAUGUCACGGGGCCUCAGUGGCUCCUUGGUGGCGGAUUGGUAUAUAUCUUGCCCUGGAAUUUCCAAAGUACGGAAAUGAGGGAUGACGGGCACGAUGGUCCCUUCCGCGUUCCCGUCUCGGCGGCGGCCAGCAAGUUCGCCUGUAAACCCCGGCGACCCACAGUGUUGUUGCCGUCUCGUCACAAUGCUAUGGCUCUACUUGAUGCUAUCCAGUCCCUUCACGGUCUGAGCUACAAGACACUUAGGUUGGCCCGAGAUGUCCGCAAGUUGCUGAGCAAUGAUGGGCAACAAUACGACAUCCGCUCGCAUUUCGCGGCCAGGCAGAAGGCACUAGGGGCCGCAACUCAACCAGGUUCAUUGCUGCGGCAAUUCCUUAGCCAGAGUGAGCCGCCACAAAAAGAAGUCAACGAGCAGGAUGAUGCCGGAAACUAG